AUGUCCACGAGUGGCCCCCACCAUAAGGUCUUAGUGCUAGGGGCAGGGAUAGCCGGGGUUACCUCCGCCCAUUAUCUCAAAGAAAAUGGAAUUACAGAUGUCAUAGUGUUGGAGGCUAGCCAGAGAAUUGGCGGAAGGAUACAUACGGUAGAAUUCGGUAAGAAGGCUUCCGGUGAGAAGGCUAUUGUGGAACUUGGCGCUAAUUGGAUUCAUGGCAGGGCUCACAAUCCUGUAUACAAAUGGGCUCUGGAAAAAGGUCUACUUGAACCGUUUGUCCUCCUUGACAGGAUGGAGGGUCAUUACUACACAGAAGAAGGGAAACGCCUUAACAAGGAACUCGGCAAUAAACUAUGGGAGAAAUUCCUGACAUUUGAAGAAGAAACCGGGAUAUAUUUCGACCAAAACAUUCAAACAAGCUCUACCAUUGCUGAUUUCUUUAGAGAACGUCUGGACGCAUACAUUGCCCAAUUUCCGCCAGAAGACGGGGUGGAACUCCGCCUUAUGGCUAACACUAUGCUGAAUUACUUAGGAUUUCAUAUUGGAGACAACUUGAAUCUAAUGUCGCUACAGUACGAUGGGUCCUAUGAGGAUAUACCAGGAGGCGAUGUUAAGAUUCCGAGAGGUUUCUCGGAAGUCGUUAAAACGUUUACCAAUAAUUUUGAUGUGGACACUGUAAAACUAGGAACAACUGUGACACACAUAGAUUGGGACCAAUCAAAACAAGGAUCAGGUCCAGUCAAAGUUUGCUGUAGUUUGAUUGGUGGAGAGCAGAUAAUUUACACAUGUGAUCAUUUAAUAGUCACGUGUUCUCUUGGUGUGCUGAAAAAAGCAGUUGAAGAUAAUUCCCUGUUCAAACCACAGCUUCCGGUAGAUAAACAGAUGUCUAUUAACAAAAUGGGGUUUGGGAAAGUGAACAAGAUUUUCUUGUAUUACGACAAGCCGUUUUGGAAAUCCAGUGUGAAACUCGCUUGGUCCGGUGAAUAUUCUAAUGUCGACGAGAAGUCAGAAUGGUACAAACGGAUUUUUAGCUUUGACGUGGUAAUGGACAACCCGACAGUUCUAGUGGCCUGGAUUAGCAGCAGUGCCGCGCUUCACAUGGAACAACUGCCGGAAGCGGAAGUGAGUAAGUCAUGUACCACCAUUUUGCGUCAGUUUCUGAAUAACCCAGAUGUUCCUGAACCUACCAGUAUAUUAAGGAGUUCUUGGUGCUGUAAUCCCCUCACUCUCGGGUCCUAUUCAUACUUUAACAUGGACUCAACUCCAUCGGAUAUCACUACACUGUCAGAACCGCUCUAUAACAUGGACGGGAAACCAAUAGUUCUGUUUGCAGGGGAAGCCACACAUCCGCGAUGGAAUUCUACAACACACGGAGCUCUCGACUCCGGCAAAAGAGAAGCUGACCGACUAACAAAGUAUUACAAAUCAUCGGAAAAGUAGCUUUAUACACAGAUUGGGACGAUAUCAUCUUUGAGUCACACUAUAAUUAACGAUAGACAUUUUAAAAGAAAUUAUUUAACAGCUAUAGAUGAGGAUCACAACUGUUGUUUUUUUUAAUCAUGGAUAUUGUAUGUAAACAACCGCUUUUCAGCAGUAUAAUCAUGGAUAUUGUAUGUAAACAACCGCUUUUCAGCAGUAUAGUAGUGACAACACACUGUUGUAGGUCGGCAACACAAAGGUAGCACCACACGACCAUGGACCCUUCGUCACAACGUACAACACAUCUCUCAAGUUCAGCACAACACGACCAUGGACCCUUCGACACAACAUAUAACACAUCUCUCAAGUUCGGCACCACACGACCAUGGACCCUUCGACACAACAUAUAACACAUCUCUCAAGUUCGGCACCACACGACCAUGGACCCUUCGACACAACAUAUAACACAUCUCUCAAGUUCGGCACCACACGACCAUGGACCCUUCGACAUAACAUAUAACACAUCUCUCAAGUUCGGCACCACACGACCAUGGACCCUUCGACACAACAUAUAACACAUCGCUCAAGUUCGGCACCACACGACCAUUGACCCUUCGACACAACAUAUAACACAUCUCUCAAGUUCAGCACCACACGACCAUGAACCCUUCGACACAACAUAUAACACAUCUCUCAAGUUCUACACUUGAUAAAACGUCUACUCCCAUUUUAUAGAGAACUUGGACGGUCCCAACUUUAUAUCAAUGUUAAAGUUAGAAUGUUUUGGUUUUUGGCUAAAUUGAUAAAAAAUCAAUCAGAAUAAGUUGAGCAACAAAAUAUUAACAAACAAUUAUAUCAUAUUAUAACUCUUCAUAGUUGAAAUAUCUAAAAAAAAAAAAAAAAAAAAUUGAAGAAUGUAGCUUAUUAGAUAUAUGUAACAGCUUUUCAAGCAUAAAUUGGCUGAAGAGUACAAUGUUUUGUAAACCUAAGGCAAUGAAAGUUUUACUUCCUCGAAAGGAACCCGAAUUUACAAGUACCAGAACUCCCUCCCUAAUUAGCUAAAGCUUACUGUAAAUUUAGAACAGGUAAUCGAAAAAAACAAUCGAAAGUGGUGAAUUGUCUCAUAUACCAUGUGAAAAUAGAACUUGCACUUUAUGUAAUUUAAGAGAAAUAGGCGACCGAAUUCAUAUUCUAUUUAACCGUGACUCAAUAGCAAACGAAUUUUUUAUGAAAGACCAACUACAUUUAAAUUCCAUACAUUAUUCAAUCACCUAACUCAAGAUGAACAUGAACUUAUUUCGUUGGCUACAUUUAUCAUUGAUAUACAUGAUAUAAUUGACAAUACUGAUGUCCAUCCUGUUUUACCAUGUAUUAUUGUUAUCCAUUUGUUUGUAUUCAUAUCCUCUGCCUUGCACUGAUUACGAGAAUAAACAAUUGUCAUUGUUGAAAAUUGCAUACACAAAGUCGCAACACGCUGUGGAGGAUCGCUUGGUACCUAUGGGUUUCUCAAACAUAAGGAGGUUACUGAAUGUGUCAAAGCAUAGUAGAUGUAACUGGUUAUAAGAUCAUAUCAUUGUUAACCGACAUUAUUUGUAUAAUUGCCUAGUCAGAAAUACAUCUGUAUAUCCGUGUAUAUGUCAAAACAUAAGUGGUUUAACUGGAGACAUGACAGGUGACUAGCGAGGUGUGAUAGUUUGGAGAGACGGUCCGUGUUACCAUGAGAACAUGUAAUGGUUGGUGUUGACAUUCGAUGAUUCAUGAAAUGAUGAUUGUUCAGUGACAGAACUUCGAUGAUGUGAUGUUUUUACUGGUGAUAAUUGGUAUAAAUAUAUCUGGUAUCUCGUCCUAAGAUGUAGCCGAAAAGGCUGAGUAGUGCCUCCUUAAUUUUCAAUACAACUAACACAUCCGGUAAAACUGGUCGAAGCAUUUAUUGAAGACAUGCUAUAUAAUACGAUUAAACAUUUUGAUAAUGAACCAAAAGGGUCAAUACUAUAAAUUAUAUAUAUAUAUGUUCGAGGUUGUACAAAAAGUCAGGAAUGAUUAAGUUAUAUGGAGGGUUUAAGAUACAAAUGAGAGUGAUGGGCACCAAAUGAUAACCAUGUAGGUGUGAAUAUUUUAGUCGCCAUAGAACACAAUACCGGGUAUAUACUUGUUAUCUUUGGCUUGUUAUCUGAAUUACAACAUACUGUUUAACGCCAGAUUUUCGUCCGAUUAAUUUUAGUGGGGAAACGCAUUCGGGAAUGAAAAGUGCUCGCGAAACUAACAU